ACCUUCAGCCCUCAGUACGAACUGUUAUCUGGCACUGGUGAACAGGAACCUGCCAACAUGAGUAUCUGUCUUUAUGUGCUGGGAUUGUUCAUCGCGACUACAAGAGGGUUCCUCUUUUCCCGCCAGGUCUGUUACGACCACGUUGGCUGUUUUAGCAAUGCCAGACCUUUCAACAAUGCCAAAGGUUACCUACCCGAGUCACCAGACCACAUCCAAACCAAAUUUUUACUGUUUACCAGGCAUAAUCCUACACAUGCGCAGAUGUUGGAUCCAUAUGAUAGGUCAACAGUUUCUGGAUCGAAUUUUAACGGGCAUCACAAAGUCGUGUUUAUUACUCAUGGAUAUCAAGACGAUGGGCACUCAGCUUGGAUUCAAACAAUGACAGCUGCCUUCUUGAAGCAAGCCGACAUGAAUGUUAUAGCAGUGGAUUGGUCCAAGGGUGCAGACAACAUCAACUACAUACAGGCCGCAGCCAACACAAGGGUAGUUGGAGCUACCAUAGCUAAUCUCAUUAAAGAAUUACACAGCGUAGCUCAUCUCCCAUACAACAAAGUCCACCUAGUUGGGCAUAGUCUUGGAUCCCAUAUUUCCGGUUAUGCUGGCGCCAACGCCCACGGAGUUGGACGAAUCACAGGACUAGAUCCUGCAGGGCCUCUUUUUGAAAACUUUGACGCUAUGGUUAGACUGGACCCUACAGAUGCUACGUUCGUGGAGGCAAUCCACACCGACGCUGAUUCUCUGCUGGAGUUAGGUUUUGGUUUAGAGAAACCGAUUGCUGAUGCUGACUUUUAUCCCAAUGGUGGCGAUAAGCAACCCGGGUGUAGCAGGGAGUUGGGAAAGCAUCUCUUCAGUCUCAUCACUGGCAAAAUAGAGCAGUUCACGAGCAGUGUAGCCUGCAGUCACAUGCGAGUUCUCGACUUCUUCACGGAGUCUAUUACCUCGCCGUGCUCGUUCAGUGCUUACCCAUGCCCAUCGAAGGCUGACUUCACCGCAGGACGCUGUCAAUCUUGUGGACACGGGUGCUCGAAAAUGGGAUACCAUGCCAACUCUCAGUUGAGGGGUACUUUCUAUUUAUCCACGAACGCCGCCUCACCUUUCUGUCAGCAUUAAUGGAGACAAUGCUAUUCCGUAAUAAUACUACAGUGUUUGUUGUCAUUAUUGAAUAGAGUUGAAUGAUAUGUAAUAUCAAAUCACA